AUGCAUAAAUAUCAACCACGGUUACAUGUUGUCCGGUGUGCAGAACUUAUUAAUUUACCAUAUUCAACAUUUCGUACAUUUGUUUUCAAGGAGACUGAAUUCAUCGCUGUUACUGCAUAUCAAAAUGAAAAGGUUAAUAUGCUUGACAAGGCAAGCAAGCUAAUGAACUUGAAAUAA